AUGGCACCAUAUACUGCUCCAUUAGAUCCAAUGACUCAACAAGUCAGGUAUAACGACUGGAGAGACGAAUUUUCGACAAAAGGAUAUGUUGUCCUUAAAAAUGUCGUGACCAAGGAACGAGCCGCAUACUAUCAUCGGAAAAUGGUGGACUGGCUUGGUACCUUCCCAAACGACUUUGAUAUUAAUGACCGGAGCACUUGGACAGAAAAGAAUCUUCCUUGGAGUUUCAAAAACGGCAUGUAUCUCAACUUUUGCGCCGCCCAUGAAAGUUAUAUCUGGGAAGCAAGACAGGAGCCAGGUGUUUUUGAUGCCUUUGCCAAAAUUUGGGGCACCAAUGAGCUGAUAUCGUCUUUUGACACAAUCAACAUCACCCUUCCAAAUGCCGCAGAAAUGGGAGGCACAAAACCAUGGCCACAUGUUGAUCAAGCGCCCGAGAGAAAUGGGUUGCACUGUGUUCAGGGAUUCCUUAAUUGCUCCGAAUCAGGCCCCAAAGACGGAGGGCUGGUUGUCAUGGACGGCAGUGCGCCAUUGUUUGACAAGUUCUUCAAGGAGUUUCCACCUGACCGAACCAAGGGCCCACUUGCUGCCCUGCACUACGACUUCUAUCCUUUUGAGGACAAAGAUCUUAAAUGGUAUGAGGAUCACGGUUGCAAGCUCGUCAAGGUCUGCGCCGAGCCCGGAGACCUGGUCUUGUGGGACUCUCGACAGAUGCACUACGCCCUCUAUCCCGAAACCGAUCUUGUUCGUACAGUCAUUUAUACCUGCAUGACUCCAGCUGCGUGGUUGUCACCCGAAGAUCGCAAGAAAAAAGUUGAGAUCUUCCACAACUGGGAAACAACAACCCACUGGCCGCAUAUCAAUAUCUAUUCACAUGGAAAGCAUAAGAUUGACGGCAAAUUGGAUCCAUGGGAGAGAACGGAACCAAUUAACAAGCCAGAAAUCACGGAAAAACUUGAGAAGCUCGUUGGUAUCAAGGAGUAUUAA